UCUCAUCGCAGAAGGGAAGAGAAUGCUUUGGGACAGGGAGAGUGAGAUGGGCAGCUUCUUCACUCCCAGUAGAACAGUGAUAAACUGAACUGAAACUGAGAUGGAUGGAGCUUACAUGCGAUACAUCAUGUCAGGGACCAUGGUUAUGAUGAAGCUCUCUGCCCUCCUCAUUGCCUGUUUCCUGGUCAUUUGUCAGAUGUACAGCUCACAUGCAGCUCCAGCCAGAACUGGUUUAGAGUCCAUGACAGACCAAGUCACGCUAAAUGACUAUGAAGCCCGAAGGCUACUCAACGCCAUCGUCAAGGAGUUUGUUCAAAUGACUUCAGAGGAACUGGAGCAACAAGCCAAUGAAGGAAAUAGCCUGGAUAGACCCAUGUCCAAGCGUUGCUCCAACCUCAGCACCUGUGUGCUGGGCAAACUGUCACAAGAGCUGCACAAAUUGCAGACGUACCCCCGCACCAACACGGGAAGUGGCACGCCUGGCAAGAAACGCAGCUUGCCUGAGAGCAACCGCUAUGCAAGCUAUGGAGACUCAUAUGAUGGAAUCUGAGCGGUCCUCCCCUCCAUCAGCCCUAGCUAACCUGACCCCUCUGUUCCAGCCUAGCCUGAUGAUUGCUGAUGCAUGUGAAUCUUGCUUGACCGACUGCAGAGAAACCUUGAUGUCCCGCAAUGUCCCUGCUCUCUUUUUCUUUUGUUAAAAUCCCCUUUUUGACAGAGAAUAAAAUAUAUAAGUACAAAGCAGAGUCCAAGCCUUUAGAUUUAGAAAGUGAAUAAGGAUUUAGAUUCACUUCCCUAUCUUAAGGUGUAUGAUAUCCCUUUACUAUACAGAUCAUUCACAAUAUUUAAAAGUGUUAAUCAAAACAAAAAUCUUAAUCAAUGCUUCUUUCAACCGUGACUAGGUUUCUUGUUUAAUAAACAUAUUUUUUUAUGCCAGAACAUAUUUUCCUUCUUAAUUAUUCAAGUGAAACAAAGCCUUUUAACAUCUUUAAUAGUUCACAACAGUUUGAACAAUAUAAGCCACAGUUUAUUUGCUAUGUAAAUGUAAAUUCACAUUUGAGGUAAGUUGAAUAACUAAUUGUUUAGAUCUCUGAAUGUCUUUAUUUUCAAUUUCAUGAUAUAUAUUAUACAUUUUCUCCAGCAAACAGUAAUGUACUGUACCUUUGUACUUUUUAUUGUAAUUCAUAGAUUUGUAUCUUUGUAAUAAAUCCUGAAUUUAGUAGAGGUUUGUAUGACCAGUCCUUUCUCUUUCUAAAAGCAGCGUUACAGCACAGAAGCGUGCGUGCAAUACUGCCACAUGUGUCACCCACCGCCUGGCUGACUUCCUGAACAGAUCAGGAGGAAUGGGCAACAGUAACUUCGUCCCCACCAACGUGGGCGCCAAGGCGUUCGGACGACGAAGGAGAGACAGCCCCAUGACAGCACCUAUGUGAAUGUGUCAACAGGCCUCAGGAUUUGAGUAUGAGCCCUUUAGUGAGACAACAGUACAUCCUGUCCUGAACCAACUACAGACAUCUGGGAAUGACAACGCUUCACUGUUUUAAAAAAACAACCUUCAAACUACAGAACUGAUUUCCUGCAUACCUCUUGCAUACUCUGUGUUACCGAUAUUCAUUUUUGCUCUAUAACCAUGAGGAGAUACAACAAACUAGAAAAGAUUGCAACAAAAAUUAACUUCUGUUAUGUCAAUUUUCACCAGAUCAUUACCCUGUACAAGCCAGUUGGUUCUGUCCCGUUUUGGCUUAGAGCACAUGUACAGUUUGACCCUGACUCCCCACCCCUCCUCUCUCCUGUGUCAGCAGCACACUGCAGGGGGGCGGAGACUACAUCAAGCUCCGCCCCCACAAGCUUCCCUGACCAUGGCUGUGUCUUGUGCCUUGAUGUUGACCACUUCUUCACGUUUCAUUAAUUGUACAGUAUGUUUAAAGAGUGAAAGGAAAAAGAUAGAAGAAUCUAAAUAUUGUAACAAUUGUGAAUCUAAGCAAGAUUAAAAUGUAUUUUAGAUA